AUGAGCGAGGUGCCAGAGGCGACAGCGGAAGCUGCACAGGGCAGUUCGCCAGAGGCGCCGGAAGAAGGAGGGCUCAGUAGGGCAGUCAGGGUGGUUGGCUGGAAGACCUUUGCCUCCAGCUUGCUCGUCUUCCUCCUCAUCUUCUUUGUCGGUGAGCGGGCCUUGUAUGAUGAGAACUAUGUCCUGGGCGGUAUUGCCAUGUUCUUGUCCUUGUGCCUCGUUCCCGUACUCAUGGCCAGUUGCGGUGGCCCGAUGCCAGGUAAAUGGGGUCUAGCGCUCGCCCUUCUGCCCUACGUAGCACUUAGUUACUAUAUCUCCAGUGGAGAUCUCCAGCGGGCUGUAUUGGCGAGCUUCGGGCCCUUCGGCACAACGAUGCGCGGGAUCCUUCCUUAUUUGCUGCCUGCAAUUGGCUACACAGCCUUCCUUCUUGCCCUGGUCUACUGGAGGAUCUUCACCACCCUUGCCCUCAUGUCCAGUACAGUUACAAGCCACGGUUUGGCGCACCUCGCGCCCCUUUCACCGGAAGAAUAUUCGGCCCAAUGGAUGGACUUGUCCUGGCCCGCGCCAGCCACGGUCCUCUACGGACUCUCCAUCAAGGGAACUCUGCGCGUCUCUUUGCUGCUUGCCUUCACCCAGCUCAUGCUUCCAUUCCUCUACGCCUGCAUCUCGCUCCCCCUCCUGGACAGUGCUCUCAAGUUCCCCUACGGCAUGCUUGUCGCCUUCUUGGCCAUCUGGAUCUUACCCGCAUACCGCUGCCGCACCAUCAUGAAAAACUGGCCAAGCGACUUCACGAUCAACCCGCAGCAGCGCCUGCUCCUGGCCGUAUCAUCUUUCCGCGUGACCUACUUCAGCGUCCUGAUGUCCAUGAUCGGGGGCGGACUCAGGGUCUUCGGGCUGAACACUGGCAUUGGCACAUGUACGGACUUUGACCCCAAGUGCUCCCAGUGGGCUGCGGCGGGGGAUUGCCACACAGACGCGAGCUUUCAGACUGUCUGCCCGCUCUCAUGCGGACUUUGCCAGCCAGGCAUGUGGCCAUCUUGGGUGGACCUGCUGUGGGUCCUACUGUGGCUGCUGACGUUUCUUGCCAUACGCUUCACGUUCUUGUUCACGAAAGCUUCUCGCCGGCUGCUCUUGUCGGGAUACGGGGUCAGCGAGUCAUUUGCGCAGCAGCUCGUCGCGCAAGGAACCCAGCUCCACGAAUUGGAGGGACAACUGGCUUCGCGGGCGAUCGCACAGAGCGUGGAAGAAGCAGAGGCGCGCGAAAGGCAAGAUACUCAAGCCACGGGUGCUGCCAGAAGCAGCCAGUGA